GGCCAGCGAAAAACGAGGUUAAAGAGCAUCGGCCACGUCAGCGAUGAAAACGACAUGCGGGACCCACUAUCAGUUUCUUACUCUUAAUUAGUAUUCUCUUCACGUCCUGACUCCACUAGGCACUAGUCGUCCACUUAUACGACACUAGUGCUACUACUAUCUGCGACUCUCCGCCACAUCGGUCCACUCCACGCGCGACACACUCGAUAAAUCAGUGAUCACAACAUGGACUCCGCCACGCGCCACCGCCGUUCCACCUCCUCUGACAGGUUCCUCUUCCUCCCGUCCUAUAACAGCCCCACCCCCGCCGAUGCUGCAGCCUCUGCCGUCGGGGACGAGCUGAACGAGGACGAUAUUCUUUGGAAAGGAGAUUUCACCGCUCCGAAUGAGAACAACCACAACUCAACCACCUCCACUACCUUCAACAACCACGUCCAUCGUAGCCUUCCGGGUUUUAGGAACAAUUCAGGUAUCCUUGCAGCAUUGCCCGGGCCCGAUCACGGCUCAGUCCUUUACCGCAAACCCUCAAUUCCAUCAUCGUCAUCGAAGGGGAUUCCGUCGAUGAGGCGACCACCGGCGCCGGGUGACAGAGAACUAAUCCAAUCUCUUCCUUCCCGGAAUUUCAAACAGUCGGCCCCGAUGCAAGUGCCUCUGCUAUCGAUUGCUAUGGCGAAGCGAAUGAAUAGCAAGUUCAUCGAAGACGAUGAUGUAGAGGGAGAUGAAGAGAUGCUGCCGCCUCACGAGAUUGUGGCACGAGCGUCGGGGAGGGAACUGCAGACCACUUUUUCGGUGCUGGAAGGGGUCGGGAGGACCUUGAAAGGACGGGAUCUUCGCCAGGUGAGAAACGCUGUUUGGCGCAGAACUGGAUUUCUUGAUUGAUUUUUUGUUAAGUAGUAUCAUAGUUGGAUUUUUGGCAUAAUGGGUAUGUUCUUGGUGAAUUGCUUAUCAUCAAUUUUCCUAUUUUGAACGAUAAAAUGCAUCCUUUAUACAAUUGGAAUGCCCAGUUUUUGUAUUUCAUUGUA